AUGGUGACUCUUCUAGGCCACAAUGGAUACGACAUAAUCGUCCAGCCUACGCUCUUAACCGUCUUCCACCCAAUCGCCAUUUGUCACAACACGCGCCGAUACGAAAUUAAAACAGAUGCAGCACCCCCAACUCCUGGCGUCGAAAUUUCAGCAGAUGAAGAGAAAGCACGCUCAACGAUCGAGAAAAAGACCGCGAUAAACCUGGUAGAAGCGUUCGCUGUGGCGAUCAAGCACUAUCUCCGCAACGAAGAUGGAAUCUACUACAGGGACCUAUACUACCUAGUGAAAUUCCUGCCCGAAUAUGCACUGCCUGCUGGACGACCUUCGGAAACUGAUCUGUCUUCGCCUCCGAAGUCUGACUUCUCCUCCAAUGCUCGCGAUGGCGGCACGCUCGAGGAAAAGUCAGUUGAUCAAUCACAGCACGUUCGCUAUCGACAGCAUGUUUCUACCGGAGGCUCGCUCCCGUUCCCAGCCACGACACCUUCGACUCGCCCUCCCGACCGCCGCAAAGAUGGCGACCUCCCACUACCACCAUUCCGCCGAACCAAUACGACGAACACGAUCAUCUCCCAGAGCGAUGAAAUUUAUUUGCUCCCCGGGAAUCUCACUCCCUCUUACUACAUUCUGACCAUAUUUCCGUUUUCUCUUCUCGACCGAGUUCUGAAGAAGAAGAAGAGCACAAAAACCAAAAAAAAGAGAGCAGAGCUACGUAACAAGGCCAUUUCUCACAAUAUACCAUUGGAGAUAUCGCUCUACCUCAGUUCUUACGUCGCGGCCUUGCAGCGUCGACACACGAUCGACGUUCCUACCACGAACUCUCUUCUCCUCUCUCUCGGUCAACUGGUCGAUAGCUUAACUGGUUUGGAAAGGAUUCUUACUACUCCCAUCCCGUUCUCGUAUUCCUUUCACCUCUGGGCGAUUACGACUAUCUUCUGUCUUCUCUUGCCGUUUCAAAUCUGGGCGCAGCUUCACUGGCUAACCAUCCCCGGCACGGUCGUUACGGCUUUCUUCUUCUUCGGAUUCCUGGUCGCUGGCGAGGAAAUUGAAAAUCCCUUUGGCUACGACAAAAAUGACCUGAACUUGGAUCACUUCACACACAAUAUCAUACGCAAUGAGCUACGCGCAAUCACCUCCACGCCCCCUCCGGACCCAUCUACCUGGGCGUUUUCCCGGCAAAACGAUCUGAUAUUUGCAUCGCACGUAGACGAACAAGUGGCCCGCAUCCCGCCGGAGGAGUGGGUCGCAAAGGGAUAUGGGAAGAUGCAGGAAGCGUUGGCAGACAUCCAGGGCAAGGGCUCUCCUUCGCCGAAGGAUCCAGCCGAUCCGUGA